CGCCGCCACGGCAGCAAGCCUCAGGACCGCCGAAGCAUGAGGAUUGCGACCCCAUUUCUCCUCUCUCAUCAGCCCAUUGAGGCCCGAUAUGGAUUUUUCGACGAUCUCCGUCGACCAGCGGACACCGCUUAGCGCGCUCCUUGCGAUGCGUUCCCAGCGUUGCUUUGUUCGAUGCCGCGCCCUUGCGGUCCCUGCUUCCCAUGACUCAGAAAUCAGACAUAUUCUGCUCACUUUUCAACAUCUACGCACAACCUUUCGACACCAUACGGGGUAGCGUCGAGCCCAGCAACGUCGCGGAGUCAG